AUGUCAACCCUCACCACAACCACCCUCAAAUCGUCCUACCCUCCUAUCCUCCCACCUCCAUUCACCGCAAACCAACCGCCCACGAUCCGACUAUAUCCUCUAUCGAACUAUACAUUCGGCACGAAGGAGACGCAGCCCGAGGAAGACCCGUCGGUGGCGGCGCGGCUCAAGAGGCUGGAGGAACACUAUGACCAGUACGGCAUGAGGAGGACGUGUGAGGGCAUCUUGGUCUGUCAUGAACAUAAUCAUCCGCAUGUGCUUAUGUUGCAGAUUGCGAAUGCAUUUUUUAAAUUACCCGGCGACUAUCUGCCCCACGACGCCGAUGAAAUCGAUGGCUUCAAAAUGCGACUGAAUGAAAGGCUUGCUCCGACGAAUCCCAAAGAUGGGGACACAGAGUGGGAUAUUGGAGACUGUCUUGCUCAAUGGUGGCGGCCGAACCACGAGACAUUCCUCUACCCCUUUCUCCCAGCGCACGUUUCGCGGCCAAAGGAGCUCAAGAAGUUAUACCUCAUCCACCUGCCCCCGAAUAAGGUGCUCAGUGUUCCGAAGAACAUGAAGCUCCUGGCUGUGCCGUUGUUCGAGCUCUACGACAACAGCGCGCGCUAUGGCCCGCAGUUGAGUGCUAUCCCACAUUACCUAUCGAGAUAUAGGUUUGAAUAUGUGGAUGAAGAUGGGAAUGUGAGUAGUGUCACGCCUGGUGGUGGGCCUACGUUGCCAGGACCUCAAGGAUUGUUGGAUAUCUCGCGAGCCGCCGAGUCCCAAGAUGUAGGAGACACGAAGAUGGAUGAGACGAUGGGGGCUGGAGAUGAUAAUGUCAAAAUGGAGAAUGGGCACUGA